AUGGAAGCGAAAGGAAAGAUGGCGCGAAAAAAGAGAGAGAGAGUUAAGAAGAACGAUGAGCCGAAACUCGAGAAGAUCGACAACUCUCGCAUGCCCGAGUGGCGAAAACGAAAUGACGGCUCCUGGGAAGUCAGCAACUGGAGGGUUUGGACCCUAUGGUCCGAUGGUUCCUGGAUAGCCAAGGAGCCUUGGACUCUUCAAGGAUCAAUUACCAAGGAGAAGAUGGCCAAGGUUGAGAAGCAGCGGGCUGUCUGGCCGUGGCCUAAGAAAGGAAGCGAAGAAGGCGCGGAGGCAAAACGUCACUGGUUAACACGUUGGGCGUAUUACGAACGCAGACAUGGUCCAGGAGAAGAAUGGACGUUGGAUGAAUAUAAUCCCGCUGAAGAGGAGAAGCAAGCCGACGCGGGAGAGCGUGUCGAGAAGCAGGAGACAGAUCGACCAGUCGAUGCGGGUAAUCAAGAAGAGCACGCUGUCGAAGGCCAAGAUGACGAAAAUAAAGCCGAAGAAUUCAGCGAGGAUGAUGACGAUGUCCCGCUAGAUCAAGUGAUUGAGCGCCACGAGCCGAUGGCAGAAGUCGAUGAGCCCGUGGCUGCCGAUUUCUGGGCAGCUCUCCCCAAACGACGCCGGCCGAAUCAAGAAGUCAUUGUAAUUUCGAGUGAUGAAGAGUAG